AUGGACGCCGCCGCAGCAAUCAAGCAGCUACGCCAGGGCCAAAAGCCACAGUGGCCAGCAAAUGCCGAAUCAUUAGAAUUCGCGCACUCUCUCGACCAAAGCGCAGAGAUCCCCAAAACAUUCCGACCAGAAUUUGUUGUUCCUAGCAAGGCGCAACUCAAGCGGAAAACCCUAAAAGAUGACGCACAAACCGCCAACCCAGCAUCAACACCCGAUGACGAGGCUAUCUACUUCUGCGGUAACUCAUUAGGCCUGCAGCCAAAGGCCGUUGGCGAGCACCUGAACGCAUACCUGAAGACAUGGGGAUCCAUCGCCGUUGGUGGCCAUUUUACCGCCCUCGAGGACUCGCCACUUACCCCAUACCAAGACAUGGCUGCGGGAUGCUCAAAGAGAAUGGCUGACAUCGUCGGUGCAUCACCUUCAGAAAUCGUUGCUAUGAACACAUUGACCAUCAACUUGCAUCUGAUGAUGGCUGCAUUCUACAAGCCUACGGAGAAGAAGCACAAGAUUAUGUGCGAGUGGCGACCAUUUCCUAGCGACUGGUAUGCGAUCGAAUCGCAAAUAGAAUGGCAUGGUCUCGACCCCAAGAAGUCAAUGCUGUUGGUUGAACCGGAUGACGGACACAUUAUGACUACAAAGAACAUCCUCAGGCUUAUUGACGAGAACGUGGACGAGCUGGCGCUGAUCAUGCUACCUGGUAUCCAAUACUACAGCGGCCAGCUACUCGACAUCCCAACCAUUACCGCACAUGCACGGAAGCACAACAUCACCAUCGGAUGGGAUUUAGCACACGCUGCUGGCAACGCUGAGCUGAAGCUCCACGACUGGGAUGUCGACUUCGCCUGCUGGUGCACAUACAAGUACAUGAACGCCGGUGCCGGUUCCAUCGCAGGUGCUUUCAUCCACGAGAAGCACGGCAACAACGACCACUACAAGGGACUGAAGGGCUGGUACGGCCACGACAAGUCAUCACGCUUCCUCAUGGACAACAAGUUCGUUCCUACACCCGGCGCGCAAGGUUUCCAAUGUUCAAACCCAUCGAUCGUCGACCUCACAUGCCUAGCUGGCUCGCUCAGCGUCUUCGAGAAGACUUCCAUGACCGACCUACGGUCACGAUCCCUGCUCUUAACGGCAUAUGCUGAGCACCUGCUCUCUCAGAUCGCCGCACGUAACAUCAAGGACGGCGCUUUCCCCUUUCAAAUCAUUACACCCACAGAUCCUCGAUUCCGUGGCGCACAACUAAGUGUUCUGCUCCCGGAAGACGUUUUUGACGAUGCGAGCGCAGCGCUGGUAGAAGGUGGUGUUAUCUGCGACAAGAGGAAACCCGGUAUCAUUCGGGUUGCGCCUGUGCCAAUGUACAACACUUUCAACGAUGUUUGGAGGUUUAUGCAGAUCUUCGAGGAGGCGAUACGGCAGAAGGGACAAGGGCAGACGCAGGAGCCUCAGUCACAAGGGGCGCCAGUUGAGGCGAGGUUCUUCCUCAAAUCCGGCGCCUACUCUGAUCUCACGAUCGCCUGCGGUAGCGACACGUACAAGGUCCACAAGGUCAUCAUUUGUGGCCGUGCUGACUUCUUCGCCCGCACACUAAAUUUCGGCGGAAAGGAAUCAGAGAGUGGUAUCGUCGACCUUCCUGAGGACGAACCAACCAUCGUCAAGCUUUUGAUCCAGUACCUCUACGAAGGCGAAUAUGAACCGUUACUGCCGGAUGGCGAAGCCUCGCUAGCACUAUCCUCAACUGGAGCCCGAACUCAACCCUCUCGGCCAAAGCAUGAUUUGGACGGGCUACCCUACAGCUACGACUUUCCCCAUACGUGUGAGGAGCUCACCAGCGAUUGCGAUCAUCCUAGAGUCUGUCCGCAUCAUACAUGCGAUGGAAACGCAGGCUUUGUAACCAUCAGGUCCUAUAUACCGCCCAGUCAACGCGGUAGCCAAAUGAGGAAAGCAGGUUGCGGCUACACAUGUAAAAGCUUCAACUGUGAAGAAUGCAACCCUUCACCUCCUCCGCUACCCUUACUCAACGGCAGCGCCGAUCAACUCCUCCUCCACGCCAAGAUGUACGAGACUGCCGACAAAUACGACGUGGUGGGACUCAAGGACCUGGUCAUCGAGAAAUUCCGUAGGACAUGCCAGCACUUCUGGAACACCGACGAAUUCUCUGUAGCAGCUCAUCAUGUCUUCUCCACCACUCCUGAUCACGACAAAGGUUUGCGUGACAUUGUCAGUGCUACGAUUAGCGCACACAUGGGCUUGAUUAAGAAACCUGAAGUCAAGGUCCUCUUGACUGAGUUCAACGGUCUUGCUUUGGGUAUCCUGGAGGAGAAGAUCAUAGAGCAUGGUUGGUAG